AUGCCUGCUGCCCACCGCUGUCUCUCCCUGCUGCUCCUGUCUGUCUGUGCGGCUCUGCUGCUGCGGCCAUGGCUUGGGGCCCGGGCAGCCCCGCGGGAGCCAGUGUAUCCCGGGGACAAUGCCACACCAGAGCAGAUGGCCCAGUAUGCAGCUGAGCUCCGCAGAUACAUCAACAUGCUGACCAGGCCCAGGUAUGGGAAAAGAGACAGAGAAGAAACACUGGACAUUCUGGAGUGGGGCUCCCCCCAUGCUGCUGGCCCCAGGGACCUCAGCCCAAUGGACUUGUGA